UUCAUAGAAAUGAUAUGAAUCCAUCAUAUAAUCUAAUCUAUGGUUGACAAUUGUCGUCUUUAUCGAGUGUUGUGUAUUUGUUGUUCAAUACCUAUAUUUCAGGUGUUCCUGCAGCUUUUGUUUUCGAAGAAAAACAUUGGUUUGUUUCCAGUUUUUGUUCAAGACGAUAUGGCCACCAAAACGAUAGAUCAGUUUACUGAUGAUCUUUUGAAAGAAAAAAUAUUCCACUGCCAGAUUUGCGAUGAACUUUGCACGUCCGAUGUUUUCCUGGUCAAAGGUAAAGGAAAUUUGUGUGCGAACUGUUUUGAAGAAAAGUGUGGGGAGGAAAUGAAGUCCAGGGCUGAAUUAAACACAGCCCUCAUCUUAAUUAUGGCAAAGCUGAUGCUGCCGUGCAUAUACCAAUCCAGUGGUUGCGGUAAGAGGGUGGACUCCAAAAAGUACUCCAAGCACAUUGCUACUUGCGAUUUCAAAAUAAAACCGUGCCCGAUGAAAAAUCUUGAGGGUUGUGAUUGGAGUGGAUGCAACUUCGAAGUAAGCGGACAUUUAUUGAAAAAUCAUCAAGAGCACGUCAUUAAAAGUGAAAAUAAUAUUUUUAAAGUUGAGUCGUCCUUGUCUGAACCUUUCAACGUAAAGAUAUUAUCUGAUGAUUACCAAAAUUGCAUUCUAAAGACUUCAGUUGUUGAUGAUAAAUUUUAUUACGCUUUAAAUCCGGUUGAAAAAUCAGAAAAAAAUAUGGAAUACUCGGUGAAGCACAAAGGUAUUCAAACAUCAAACCAUUUAGUAUUAAAAAGCGUUGGUACACUUACCAAACUGAAUGGUAUUUAUAACGAAGAAAACCUGGAUAAAAACCCCAACGCGACUGUGGUGGACAUCGAUCUGUUGAAACAUUUUGCAGACGAAAAAAAUAUGAUUUUAAACGAAUUUGACUUAAAACCUGCAGAAAUCGACAAUAAUACAUUAAAACUAUUGGAAUGUCCAGUCUUUGUGAAUACCAUGCGACCGCCAAUCUAUAAUUGCACCAACGGACAUAGCAUUUGCAUGAUAUGCAAAGAACUAACAAAUGAAUGUCCCACAUGUAAGGAAGGGUGGACCAGUUCAAGGUGUUACUUUAUAGAAAAUUUAACUUCAAACAUCAAGUAUCCAUGCAAAUACAGUAAAUUGGGAUGCAAAGAAAUUGACAUUGACAGGCAAUUAAAGAAACACGAAGAAACAUGUCCGUCGCAUAACUAUCAAUGCCCGAUGCAUUGUUCUAAAACUGGAACCUUUGAAUUUAUUUUGAAACAUGAACAUGGGGAUGAUGAAUUUACUGAAAAGAUAAUAAAAAACCAAUUUUUUUUGGAAAGACUUACAUGGAAGCUGUUUGAUUCAAAAUUAUUUAGAAUAUCAUAUUAUUUUUCGAAAAAUAUUUUAUAUUGGGCUGUCCAAUUGGUUUGCUCCAAUGAAAACCCCAAACUGUAUACUUAUGAAGUUAAAAUUUCAAAUCAUAAACAGGCAUUAGGAUGGACAUUAGUAAAAGAUUCCACUUGCUUUAAAGAAAUAACGCAGCGACCAUUAGAAAAAAAAUGGGACUGUUUGAAUUAUUCUUAUCAAAACCCUAUGACAUUUAAUGUUACUAUUAAAAAAAGUAAUUAAUUAACUGUGCACCAAAAAAAUAUCUGAGUUGGGAGUCCAUUUUUUAUGGUCCCAACUUGUGACCAUAAAAAUGGAUACAGUAUUAAAAAAAAUGAAUAUGUGUUUUGGGAUUUUUCAUAUUAGGUCCAGUUUUAGAGAAUUUAAGUUUUUAUUUUAAUUAAUUUUUAAUUUUUGUAUACUGUAUCCAUUUUUCAUGGUCCUAAUCUGGAUAUUUUCAUCAAAUGUUAUCGCACAGGUAUUUAUAACUUUUAACAAACUUUGUAUUACUUUUGUUAAUCCUUUAUUAUAUUUAAUAUGAGUUCUGUGUUUUACUUUUUAAUGCUAUUUUUUC